AUGCCUUGUUUGAAUCAAAGUGUGGCAUCACCAGAAUGUUCAAUAAACAGUGUUGGAGCGGGCAAUCAACUGUUUACCUCGUUAAUUCAAACCUUUUUAACGACUCAGUGUGCACUUUCAUCCCCAGAUUUGUGGCCACGAGACUACGGAGAAGAUGUCUUGAGACGUGGUUUGCCUGACAUGGAUUUCAUUGUGGUGGGUGCUGGUUCUUCUGGUGCUAUAGUUGCAAAUCGCUUGAGUGAAGUAAAAAAUUGGAACGUGUUGUUACUUGAAGCUGGCGGAGAUCCUCCACUCGAAUCUGUGAUGGUUGGGACGUUUCUCGAGCUGAUGAAAUCUCCAGUGGAUUGGCAGUUUAGCGAUGUUACGACAAAAACCGCAUGUAAAUUGGCACCGGAUGGUUGUUACUUACCACGCGCAAAGAUGCUCGGUGGUUCUUCAUCGAUAAAUUUUAUGCUUUUUGGUCGUGGAGUGGCCGCAGAUUAUGACGAAUGGGCUGCACUUGGUAAUCCUGGCUGGGAUUAUGAAAGUGUUUUACCUUAUUUCAAGAAAUAUGAAGGCAAUCAAAAUGAAACACUGGUCGCCUAUAAAAAUGGCCGAUAUCAUAAUGCAAAUGGGCCGGUGAAAAUCAGCUCGACUCCACUGACGGACUUGAAUCUACUUGUGGAAAAUGCCUACCGAAGUGCUGGCGUUCCUUUUAUUCCCGAAUUGAAUGCUGACUUCAAGCUCGGCUACUCCGAAUUUCAAUCAACUUACUUUAACGGCAUUCGUAGUAGUACGGCUCAAGCAUAUUUGUCGCCAGCUAAAAAUCGAAAAAAUCUAUACGUUAUCAAGCAUGCCUAUGUGAAUUCUAUUCUUCUCAAUAAACACAACGAAGCCUAUGGCGUCGAAUUCACAUACAAAGGCAAACACAAAUUAAAAGCGAUUGCAAAAAAAGAAGUUAUCGUCUCGGCCGGAUCAAUUCAAAGCCCUCCGUUGCUAAUGCGUUCGGGUAUCGGACCGAGCCAACAUUUGCAAGAGCGUAAAAUAGCAGCUAAGGUUGAUCUGCCGGUUGGUGAGAAUUAUAUCGAUCAAGUUUAUACCCAUUUACUUUUCAAGUACAAUUUUUCAACGGAACCACUGCCAUCAACAUUUGGAUUCGACAGUUUGUAUAAAUAUGUCACCACAAAGGGAGGCCCCCUGUCUGUCGUACCGUAUAUGACUGGAUAUCUGGAUACAUUCAACAGAACUGGCCUUCCAGACAUUUUGUUCUUUACUACCAACUUUCCACGAGGCACUCCAGAGAGUACAAUUAAGGGUUUCAACAAAUUCACAGGCAUCGAUUUGUUCAAUGAAAUUAUAUCAAAUGAAACUAAAGCGCACGAUGUCGUGAUCAUAACUCUGGAUCUAAUAAAACCAAAAUCACGUGGCACUUUGAGAUUGAGUAAAUGUCCAGAUUCAAAAAAACCACUCAUUCACAGCAAUCUUUUGUCCGAUCCAAGCGAUAGAGCUACUCUCGUUGCAGCUAUUGAACAACAAAUCGCUUUAACCAGCCUGAAGCCAUUCCAAAUACUUGGAUUUGAAUAUCUACCAAUUCCAAUUGCAGAGUGUGAUGCACUCGUACCUAAUUCAGACUCCUAUUGGGAUUGUUACAUUCAAUAUGUUAGCACAGUUGGAUCACAUCAAGUGGGAACUAGCAGAAUGGGCGCUGUUGUCGAUAAUCGAUUGAGAGUGUACAACACAAAGGGCCUACGUCAAAUCGAUUGUGGAAUCAUUCCCGUUCCGAUAAGUGCUCCCACGAAUGCUGUAGCAAUGAUGGUUGGCGAGAAAGGAGCCGAUUUAAUCAAACAAGACUAUUUAAAAUAA